GUAGGCUACACCCACGCGCUCACUCAGCCAAAGCUCUAGUCGCUGGCUCGACAUAGACCAAAUAAAAGGCAAGCAAAGAAAUAAUACCUCACGAGGGGCAAUCAAGAAAAGAACGUCGAAAGAACACAGGUAACACAAAUACCCAAAGAAUUUGCUUGGACCCUGUUUGGCGAGUCACGUAAAGAACCCAAAAUGGCCGGUGGUUAUUUCGACUUACCAGUCGCCUCCUCGAGGCGUUCGAGCGUCACUGAAGUACCUGAGGGGGCAAGUAGAUCCUCUGCAGGGCCGCGUGUAUCCUCUCUAGCAUCGCCCAAUAGUGAAGCCCUUCAGGACCGAUCGAUGGACCUCCGCGGAGCUCAGGGCAGGCAUCGGAAUGCCGGCAUUCUCAAGAACACCAAUCGCGUUAAGUUUACUGUUAGCGAACAUGGGCUUGGCGAAGUUCCCUCCGGAUCAACGUCAGAGAGCCUGUUUGAUGGAAGGGGUACAUCAUUGCCGCAAAAGCCACUACCCACCGCUAGCAUUCCAUCGACGGAUAAAGCAUCCGCCGAGCCCCAAUCGUUUCCUUUGGUUGAUAUCAGCGGGAGUUCACCAACGGGUGUCACCGGCCGAACGAUCCACUCUCAGGCUAGCUCCCCAGGAGUCACCGGGGACAAUGAGGUCAGCUAUGAGAAGGGGAGGGCCAUCUACUCCGCACAAGAGAGAGCUCAGAGGCUCGCAUCCCUCCUUGGCCGCUCCUCAAAGUCUCCAAGGCCAAGUCCUCGUUCAAGUCUGCCGUCAUCAAUAGCGUCCACACCUACAGAAGUGGCGCUACCCUCCGAGGAUGGUGACGAGAUUCCUAUGAUCAGUCUUCCUGAGAAGCAAUACGACUUCUUCUCCGACGAUGAAGACAACCUCAUAGAUAAGCGACAAUCUACACGCACUGCAGAAGCCCAUCAGCUAGUGCGACAAAUGACUCGAAAGGACUUUAACUUUUUCUCGCGCAUUCGCGCUCCCUCUCCCGGUCUCCGCUCUGGUCAGAUCACUCCUCUUGAGGAGAGAGAUCCUGACGCCUAUGUCGAACGGCCAACUCAUUAUCGCGGCGGCAUUCUCUCUUCCCUCCUGAAGCUCUAUGAUCAACCCUCUCAGCAGAACUAUCCUCGAGGCCGGUAUGGUCACUCCCGUCAGAGCAGUUCGUCAGGGCUUAGUGGGCGAGGCUUGUCCCCGGACCCUAGCUGGAAGCCCCAGCGGCCAAGGAAGUGGUACGAGAAAUCUCCGAACCAAUCCAGCAUAUCUCUGUCUGGAUCGACAGCCAAAAACUCGUCUAGUUCUCCUAUUGCCAUGCUCAAGCGCUCACGAAGCAUUGGUGCUAUACCCGGUAUGCCUAAGAGGAUGGGAAAACCACAAUUGGAGGAUGAGAUCCGGAUCACUGUUCACAUCGCCGAGCUCCUCUCACGUCAACGUUAUCUACUCCUACUUUGUCGUGCACUGAUGAAAUACGGGGCACCUACACACAGGUUGGAGGAGUAUAUGAGGAUGUCUGCUCGCGUUCUAGAGAUCGACGGUCAAUUCCUGUAUAUGCCGGGCUGCAUGAUUAUUUCAUUUGACGACGCGUCUACCCACACCACCGAAGUAAAGCUGGUCCGCUCUCACCAGGGUGUUGACCUGAGUCGACUAUCUGACGUACAUCAAAUCUACAAGGAGGUGAUUCACGACGUCAUCGGCGUCGAGGAGGCCACCCAGCGGCUCGAGGAGAUCAUGAAGCGACCGAACAGAUACCCGGUUUGGUUCCUGAUUUUGAUUCACGGUUUCGCCAGUGCCAGCGUCGGGCCCUUUGCCUUCAAUGCUCGCCCCAUCGACAUGCCCAUCGCUUUCGUGCUGGGAUGUCUCCUGGGUAUUCUACAACUGGUCCUGUCCCCUCGGUCCUAUCUCUACUCGAAUGUGUUCGAGAUUUCGGCAGCGGUCUUGACGUCAUUCCUAGCUAGGGCUUUCGGAAGCAUCCGCUACAACGGUGAACGUCUCUUCUGCUUCUCUGCUUUGGCCCAAUCGUCAAUCGCCCUCAUCCUACCUGGCUACAUGGUGCUAUGCGCCAGCCUGGAGCUACAAUCCCGCAGUAUCGUUGCGGGCUCCGUCCGCAUGGUUUACGCCAUCAUCUACUCCCUGUUCCUUGGGUUCGGUAUCACCAUUGGCACCGCUGUAUACGGCCUCUUGGAUAGCAAUGCCUCCUCCGAUUAUACAUGCCCCGCCAGUCCGAUCACCAACGAAUACCUCCAACAUUUCCCUUUCGUCAUUCCUUUCACCAUCUGCCUUGCCGUAGUCAACCACGCCAAGUUGAAACAAAUUCCGAUGAUGAUUGCUAUUGCUUUCGCGGGGUAUGUGACCAACUACUUCGGCGCGAAGCGAUUCUAUUCGAGUACACAAGUGUCCAAUGCGUUGGGCGCCUUCGUGAUCGGCGUCAUGGGAAACCUCUACAGCCGAUUGCGACACGGCUUCGCAGCUGCCGCGAUGCUCCCUGCUAUCUUUGUUCUAGUCCCAUCCGGACUCGCAGCCAGUGGAUCCCUGAUCUCCGGGAUCGCAUCAGCAGAGCAAAUCACCAGCAAAAUCACACCUUUUUCUGUCGUUGCCAACGGCACACAGGGAUUCGUGGACGCAGCAAAGAACAUGACCACAGCAACGAGCAACGAUCAGUUCCACGGAGUCGUCUUCGACAUCGGAUACGGCAUGGUCCAGGUUGCAAUCGGCUUCACCGUCGGUCUUUUCCUCGCUGCAUUGGUCGUGUACCCGCUUGGAAAGAAACGCAGCGGACUGUUCAGCUUCUAAAACACCAUGCAAACAUGCAUACAUGCAUAUACACUCAUACAUGCAUACAUACUCAUGCAUUCGCAUUUUCAUUCCGUCAUUUAUCUAUGUUGAAACUCUCACAAGUUUUUGAUAUUGAUUGCAUCAUCGUCACGCAGCAAGCGAGUUCGUCGUGUUAUUGAGCGUGUCCCUCUAUCUGUUCUCUAUUUCUUUUGACUUCUGUUUUGUUUAUAUACCGGCGUCACAUACUAUCUCUUGCAUUUCUUUUUCUGGUCAGUUUUCUCUCACAUUGAAGCCUUCUAUUGCAUCUGGGAUGCCACGAUAUGAUUUGAAUUGGUCGGAUUUAGCGAGCAAUGGACGGGAUAUUCAGCAGCUAUGAUUCUUUCUUUAUCUUUUCUUUGUAUGUCUUUUGGUUAUUUGUAUCUGAUGUUUGGGGUUUGUUGCUCUGGGCUACGAUAAAUAUAAACUGGGUCGGCGCAGGUGGCUGCUUAGAUUGCCUUUAGCUUUUUCUGGGUAUAUGUUUAUAUCAUUUGAAGAAAAUACGCACGGAUUUCUGCGGUUUCAGGUCGCAGAUUCUUUUCGGGCUGCCUGAGUAUCAUUUUACCUCAUGUAAGAUCAUUUUUGGUUACCGGAUUAUCACUCAGGUUCUGGGUUGAACGUUGAUAGCAUAUCCAGCUGUAUUAUAAUGUC